AUGUAAUAGAUCGGUCAAGGUAUAAUGUUGAAUAAGGGGAUGUGCUUGUUUUCUUUUGCCAGGGGACUUAAAAAGAAGAGGCUAUUAUGAUGCCUGAGACUGGCGGCGCAUCAGUUGUUCCCAAGAAGGGUCUGACACUCGAUGACCUCAUCGCGACCAUCGACCGACAUGAAAGGAACCCGAACAACAUCCCAAAGGUCGAUACUUUCCACUUCUGUGGGGAGAGAGUUUCAGAAUGGCUAGAGAGGGUGGAACAAGCUUUGGUCGGGCGGCCGGAUGUUGUAAAGUUUCAACGCAUCCUUCAGUAUGUCCUCCACAGCUACCAUCAGGAGGUGAAGAAAGUCAUAGAUGCGGCUCAAGGUAGCUGGGAGAGGUUCAAUGAGGGAAUGCAGAGGAAAUACCGCCUGGGAGACGGGUUGUUGACUACCACGGACCUUGAGGCGAUGAACAAAGAAGAUUUUACGACUAUAGGGGCCUUUGUUCAAGAAUUUAAGAAGAGGGUGCGGAAGGUCCAUGGGAUUUCGGAGGAAGCACAGUGCGCCAUCUUCCUGGGGCUACUCACAGCAUCGGAGGCCGUCGAAUUGACGAGACAUGGAGGAGGUAGCACUAAGCUCACCUGGGCCACCAUUGACAGAGGGGUGGAAGUUGGGUGCUUGGACCAGGUGGAACAACGUCAGGUACGCCUGCAAAGACAGAAGAGAAAGGAAAGAGAUGCGACCGCUUCUGRGACCCCRGRAGUAACAAGGAUUGUUACAGACGUAUUGGCACAGCUAGGGUAUGCGACAGAGCCGGUGGUGCAAAGGAGGGUGGUGACGGCUGUUAAAGUAAAAGAAAAAGAGUCAGUGAUAGAGGAGGCUGGUCAGGAGGAGCUCUGGGAAAAAGGAAGAGCCCGUGCCGCAGCACCUGACGAAGGUCCAGCGCAAAGUGCUUCACAGGGCAGUGUUGUAGGAGGUGGGAACCAGGGGCAGGGCAAUCAAGGCAGUGAAGGGAGGGGUGGAGGAAAGGGGCGAGGCAUGAAUGGCGGCGGAAGAGGAAGGCAAUGGAAUGGCCAAGGCCAGGGGUACCAAGGCCAAGGGAGUCAAGGCCAGGGGUACCAAGGCCAAGGGAGUCAAGGCCAGGGGUACCAAAGCCAAGGGAGUCAAGGCCAAGGGUACCAAGGUCAGGGCUAUCAAGGUCGGGGGGAUCAGGGAAGUCAGGGGUAUGGAAGACUCCGCUUUGACUGGAGGACGGCCAUCUGUCAACAUUGUGACCAGCAGGGCCACACUAUAAGGUUCUGUAAUAUAAGACGGGAAGACGAGAGAAGUGGACUGAUUUCCUCUACUAUGGAUGGGAAUAUCUACGAUCAGUUUGGGGAGGUCAUUGACAGAAGGCUUGGAAGAGUGAGGGCUGAAGCCCAACGAAGAGCGGCAGCUGGACCACCACCCCCUGCCAUGUUCAGGCUAUGGCAGGAAAAGGAGAAACCACCGUUUGGGGUGGAAGAAGUGGGGAGCGAUGAGGAAGUGACUCAAGGGCUGCGAGGAGGAAGUGAGACGGAAGAGGCCAUAAUCAUCGAGUCAGAUGACGAGGAUGAGGAGGAAAGAACGGAGCCUCUGUCCAACUUUGCCGCUAAGACUGAACACCUGAGGAAGUUAGUCCGUCAGGAUCAGGAAUGGGUAUGGGGUGAGGAACAAGAAGAGGUGGUGGCAAAAAUGAAAGAGGAAUUUCGAGAAGGAGGGUUCGUGUUAGGAGCACCAGAUUAUGACGCCACAGAGACGCGACCCUUCAUUGUCGAAACGGAUGCGGGACCGACCGCCUUAGGGGGAGUUCUAAUACAGACCGACAUGGAAGGAAAGGAAAGGCCCUUGCGAUUUGAGAGCCAGACUCUCAGUACGACAGAGAGAAACUACUCUCAGUUCAAGAGGGAGACCGUUGCUGUCCUCCACUGUCUGCGAAUCUUCCGGAACUAUGUCUUCGGCAGGAGAUUUAUUUUGAGAGUGGAUCCGACCGCCCUGGCCUACUCUCUAAGGAAUUACGUUCCAUCGGAUCCGACGAUUGCCAGAUGGCUGACGUACAUCUGGAUGUUCAAUUUCGAAUUAGAACGGAUUCCUGGUAGUAAGAACCGGGCAGACGGGCUGAGUCGGAUCAACUGGGAUAAGCAGAAAGGGGAGGCGGUGGAGAAUACGCCCCUAGUUGAUGGAUUUCUAGAUCGGGAAGAAGAUGUUCGUCUCCAUAUCAAUAAGUGGUUGCUGCGAGUGCCCAGCUGUGUAGGCUAUCCUAUUUGGCAAGCGCCGAGCGGAUAUGAAAGGAGGACCAAGUUGGUCCUCAAACCCUUUAAAGAAGAGGAUCCCUCGGGCGGUAAGGAUGUUCAGUGGAUUGAGGAAGGACCUGGCCAGGUAGAACGGCAUGAGGACGUGAUGGGAGGAAUGUAUCUCCUCGUCAAUACGUUAUUGCAGGAAAGCCUAGACCAAUCAGGCUCGUUGAACCCGGCAGGGAAUGUGGACGAAAUACCCGAGAGCCAGGACGACGAGUUCGAAGAAGGGGAAAUUAAGGAAGCUUUUCGUGCAGAGGAGUACGACGGGAUCUACCUAGAGCUGAGGCUUCUUCUGUCAUGUGAAAUGCGGCUAAGAGAUGCGAGCGAUAUGGCUCAAAGGAUGCUGCAGCGCUACUUAGUGCGACACGGUCACCUUUUCGUGAGAAGGGAAGUGGGGAAUCCCAAGAGAGUCGUCUGCGGUAGGAAUCGUCAGAUCGACGUUGUAGCGGCGCUUCACGAUGGUAUUGCAGGAGGACAUCGAGGGGUACAAGCCACGUAUGCCAAAAUAAGUGAGUUGUACUACUGGGAUGGGAUGAUGGAUAUGGCCGGAAAGUUUUGCCGAUCUUGCGUACCUUGCCAGGAAAGAUCCCGUUUAAGGCAAGGAGAGCCGCUGCAUCCCAGGCUAGAGCCAGAGGUGGGGGCUGUAGUGCAUCUCGAUCUACUUUUUAUGCCACUUGGGGAUCAAGGCUAUAACUAUAUCUUCGAUGCGCGCGAUAACCUGUCUGGGUUCGUAGACGGGCGUGCUAUUCGCACAAAGACCAGGUCAGUCCUGGUGAGCUGCAUCGAGGAGUACUACCUGCGUUAUCCUUUCGUCAGGGAAUUCGUAAUGGACAGGGGAUCAGAGUUUACCUGCCAGGAGGUGCAAGAACUGUUAUCAAGGUCUGACUUUACGAAGACAGCCAUGCCAAGAGGAGGGAAGGGGACACGGCCGCCUCAGAGGCCGUUGGGCGCAUCAGGAGGAUAUGAGCGGCAUGGGCCUCGCCAUCGAGAGAGUACUCCAGUCUACAAUGAUGGGGACAUCGAGCUAUUCCUGGACAGUUUCUGGGAGCAUGCGAGGCRUAUGGGCUGGACCGUCGCUCAGGUGAUUGAGAGAUUGAGGGGAGCAGGUAGGUUCGAAGAGCCCAUUGCCAGGAUUCGUAGGGAGGCGACGACGAGGCAGGGGGUAGAGAUGAGGAUGGAGGAGUUGCGACCCUCGCCUGUGGGACCUGAUGGCAGGCCGAUCCGCCUGGAGAUUGGAAAUGCGUCGGACUUCAUCCCCGCGUUUGAAUGGUUCAUGCAAGAGCAGGGCAUACCAAAAGAUGAUUGGAUGCAGACGCUACCACUCUGGACCAGGAAGGCGGAAAGACCACUGGCUAUGCAGAUGAGGGACAUGGCACGAGAUUGGGAGAGCUGCAGGGCACAUUUCAGAGAGGCCUUUCGACGGCCAGAGCUCCCUCAGCCCAGAGUCGAGAGGCGGCAGAGGAGUCAGAGGCCGAGGGACCCUGAGCCCAGGGAGGUGAGACCAUCUCGAGGAGGACGGAAGGCCCUAGCCAGGAGAGAGCAGGAGCUAGAGGAUGAGGAGCGAGGGGCAUACCCURAGUGUGGGUUGGGGCCAGUGAAGUUCCAUCGUUUUACUGAGGGUGGAUUGAGGAGGUCGCCAGCAAACACACAGGGGGAGCCACCAGCAUCAGAGGGGCCCUUGAGGGAAUUGGAGAUGCAUUUAGAUAUUUCUCGGUGGAGGGCGUCGCUUCAGGGGAAGGAAGUGAUAGAGGUUGGAGAGGACACGCCCCCACAGACGCCAGCAGUGGGUUUGAAACUCGGGGAUGCACCAAGGAGCACCCGACAGGCAAAUGAGGGGUUGCAGAGAGAGGAGACCCCUUUACCUUCGUCAGAAAAGGCUCCUUCGCGAGAAGGGAGGGCAGAAAGAAGGAGAGAGAGGGCAGCUGUAAGGAGAGAAGCUUUGAUCCUGAUUGAUAGGCACCUAGCAGCUCAUGCCCUGGAGCACCCAGACCUGGAGGGGCCAGCACCUGCAGAGCCACGCCAGGAGUCAUGCCAGCCCGAGAAGGAGAUGGAAGCAGAGAUCCCAAAGAGGGUCGACCUCCGCACGAGGGAAAGGGUGUCAGCUGGAGAAACGGCUAAAGAAAAGAGAGCAAGAAGAACUAGACGGAUAGAUGAGAUAUGGCAGGAGAGGCAGAGGUUGGAGGCAGCGGGGGAGCUUCCGCAACAGCAACAGGAGAGGCAGAGAUCGGAAGCAGCAGGAGCACUCCCAGGUCAGCCACCCAGUGCGCCAACCAAGGCCCCGGAGAUUCCUGAGAUGUGGAGAGACUUCUGGGAGCAGAGAGGAGAGGAGCUUCCAUUGCCAGUCAGAGCCGGGUUUGGGGUGGCCAGGAAGGCGGAAGAAAGGUUAGAUCGUAAAAUCAAGUUCCUGGCCAAGACCACUUUUGACCGGCACUUGUUAUUGGAGGGCGAUCUGGCGGGGAAGAAAAUGAAGGAAGCCAGCCAUGGAGUACGUCUGGAGGCUAUGGAGAUGGAAAUUCAGGAACUUAGGGCUUUGGUGGCCAUCCAGGCAGCUAUCAUUGAGAGCCUGAGGCAGCAAACCCAGGGAAAGAUGAACAGACCAGAGAGCAUCCGGCAGGGAGAGCAGCCGGCAGGGAGAGCAGAGGCAGCCAGGACAAGGAUUGCCAGGACAGCCAUCUGCGACAGAGCCUCGCCAGGAGCCACCUAUGGGGAGGGUUAUCCUGGAGUCAGAGGAGGCGAUAGCACAGAGACAGGCGGAGAAAGAGGCGUUCGAGUUCAGAGCCCCUACCGAGCUCGCGACACUGCCAGUAGCAGCGGCGGGCCCAGUCGUACCUUUGGCAGUAGAGGAGGGGCUGCCACCAUCUAGCAGWGAGCCGGCUCAGGGCUCAGUAGAGGAAUCCAUGGGCGUGCUCCUUGAG